GUUUUGAGGUUAUCAAUAGAGUUGUUGCGGUACGGCAAUUUUUCUAUUUCAUUAAAAACAACAAAGAAAUUUGCAGAGAUGGCUGCGGCUAUGCCUAUCAACCCCAAACCAUUCCUCAAUAGCUUGACCGGCAAAUCUGUCCUCGUCAAAUUAAAAUGGGGGCACGAAUACAAAGGUUUACUAGUGUCGGCUGAUGGCUACAUGAAUUUGCAGCUUGCUAACACGGAAGAAAUUGUUGAUGGUUCAUGCACAGGUAACCUUGGUGAAGUACUCAUAAGAUGCAACAAUGUUCUCUACGUGCGAGGAGCAGAGGAAGAAGAUGAAGAGGGUGAAAUGAAGGAAUAACAUUAGUAAUUUUAAUUAGAUUAAGUGUCAAUUAAGCCUAAGUUACUUUUACAUACCUUAUCUGUACCUUAAUAAAUGAUGAAUGGAUUG